AAAUGCAUGUCACACUUGGAGCCAUCUCCUAAUGCAACUUCUUCAGUUGUACAGGGAUAUGUGCCAUUGUGGCUGCAGUUGACAGUUGUUGAUGGUGUUCUCUGUAGGUGUUAUAAGCCUAAAUCGAUGAGUGAUGCAAUUACAGUUCCAAUUCCACCGGAUAGUCUCCACCAACAGGCACUGAGGCAAGCUCAUGAUGUUCCUGGUGCUGGACAUCAAGGAAGAUUGAAGACAUUGGACAAAUUGCAACAGUUAGCCUACUGGGUUGGAAUGAACAAGGAUGCUGAAGUGUACUGUCGAGAGUGCUAUAGAUGUCAAGAAACUAAACCUCUCACCCAAGAAGGCUCCACUGAUUUCAAUGCCAAUUAGACGACCAUGGCAAAUGGUUUCAGUUGACAUUUUAGAGGUGCCAAUUUCAUCAAGAGGAAACACAAAUACCUCUUAGUCAUACAAGACUAUUUUACCAAGUGGCCAGAAGCCAUUCCGUUAAAAGACCAAACAGCUUCUAGUAUUACAUCAGAGCUAGUGCAAUUAUUUUCAACGUUUGAAUUCCUGAGGUCAUUCACUCAAAUCAAGGCCGAAAUUUUUAAAGUUUGUUGUUGCGACAAACAUUGGAUGCAUUUGGCAUAGAAAAAUCUAGAACUACAGCUUAUCACCCACAAGGGGAUGGGAUGGUGGAGCGUCUGAAUAGAUCAUUGCUUCAAAUGCUUUGAGAAUAUGUUCAAAAACAGCAUGACUGGGAGUGUCAUCUGUCAUUGGUAUUGUUUGCGUACAGAACAA